AAAGUGCUACCAGUAGUGGUGGUUUUCUAGGUAUUUCAGAGCUCACCACAAGUGCAGGAUCCGUGACUUUAUCUAGUUGCUUGACAAGCACAGUCGGUAUGACUUCUCAAAGUGAUUUAAAUACUACUGAAUCGCUUGAAAGUAAGGAUAUAAGAAGGGAAACAUAUUGCCAACAACACAAGAAUGCACAAGUCUCAGUGAACCGUUCGGAGUCGUACAAGGAACGCUUAUCAAAUAAACGUAUCCGUAAUAGUCGCCGAAAAACUUCGGAUCCAAGUUUAUCCUCUCGUACCAAUGAGGAUCCAGGAGAGCUGGGCCUGUCAACUGCAAACUAUACAGGAAGCUCAAGUUCUAGUCUGUCAUCUGGAGGUGGCUUUGAUAGUUCAGGCACAUCAAUGGAACAGGUCACGAGUUGUGUUGCUCUAUCAACUAUUGGAACCAACACCCAUUCAAAUGCUGCUAAUUCUCAUCAGCAUCCUAAUAAGCUUGUGCAACAACAAGCAAAUCAACACAGUCAGCAAGAAUCUUCUCAAGGUACCAUAGGAAGUUGCAGUAGUGUCAGUAAUACGAACUUCUGGAGUGUCGGACAGCCUCUGCAACGUCAAUGGAAUUUUGAAAGUGAUGAUGAAGAUUUAAAUGAAGCCGACUGGAGCUCGAUAGUUCCAGUCGAGAUGCUAGCCGCGCUAACAGAUGCUGAAAAAAAGCGGCAGGAAAUUAUAAAUGAAAUUUAUCAAACGGAACGCAAUCACGUACGCACUCUCAGAUUGUUGGAUCGCUUGUUCUUUUUGCCUCUUUUCGACAGUGGAUUGCUUUCCCAUGAUCACUUACAGUUAUUAUUUCCUCCCGCACUUAUAUCCCUGCGGGAUAUUCAUGGUGCCUUCGAACAAAAACUUAAACAACGUCGCAUUGAACAUAAUCACGUUGUAAAACAUAUUGGUGAUUUGCUUUCGGAUAUGUUUGACGGGAAAUCGGGGGAAGUGCUGUGUGACCACGCUGCUCAGUUUUGUGCUCGUCAGCAAAUCGCACUUGAAGCGUUAAAAGAAAAGCGAAAUAAGGAUGAGCAGUUGCAAAAGUUGCUUAAAAAGUCAGAGUCACAUAAAGCGUGUCGCCGACUAGAGCUUAAGGACCUGUUGCCUACGGUAUUACAGCGACUCACGAAGUAUCCUCUUCUGUUUGAGAACCUUUAUAAGGUGACUAUUCGAGUGCUACCCGAAAAUACCACGGAAGCAGAUGCUAUACAGCGAGCUGUAGAAUCCUCAAAAAAUAUUCUUGUUGAAGUGAAUAAAGCUGUUAAAGCAGCUGAGGAUGCUCACAAGCUACAAAACAUUCAACGCAAAUUAGACAAAUCAUCGUAUGACAAAGAUGAGUUUAAGAAGUUAGAUUUGACACAACACCGUCUGGUACACGAUGGAAACUUAACGAUGAAAAAGAAUCCAAGUAUACAGCUUCAUGGGCUGCUUUUUGAAAAUAUGAUAGUUUUACUUACAAAGCAGGACGAUAAAUAUUUACUAAAGAAUCUUCAUACUCCCCUAGCAGUCAGCAACAAGCCUGUAAGCCCUAUUAUGAAUAUUGACUCAGAAACAUUAGUGCGUCAGGAAGCCGCUGAUAAGAAUUCGUUUUUCUUAAUUAAGACCAAAACAUCACAAAUGUUAGAGCUUCGUGCUCCUAGCAGCUCUGAAUGUAAAACCUGGUUUAAACACAUAUCUGAUGCUGCUGCAUAUCAAAAUAAGCCCCGAGCUAAAAAUUCUAACAGUCAAGAUGCAUCUGGCGAUGAUUCCGUUAUCUCCACCACAUCGCAAAUACUCAACAGGGAGUCUAUGGACCAACCACCUGACCAUUCACAACCCACAAACCCUACCGGAAUUUCUUCUACAACGCCUUUGGCACCGCUGCUCCCAAUCUCCACUAUGUCACCAGCGCCUACAGCUAGUAUUAACAGUGACAGCUGUGAUCAGCAAAGUAUUUGCCGCCGCGAAAGUUUGCCUACUGAUAGUGAAUGCUAUUACAAUAUUAUGGCCAAGCGACGCUUCAGCCAAAAUGAGCCAGUCACUCCAAUAAAUCGAACCAUGUCUACUCGUAGUUGCGGAGAGUCAAACAAUAACCUUUCUACGACUAGUCAAGACAUCAAUUCCGUAAAUUUGCGUCACACCCAAUCAGCACGUGAGGCCAAUGGUGAAGAUCGUGGAAUGAUCUAUGGCUUAGUAGGAGGGCAGUCAAAGCGAGAUAGUGCAAGCAUUGUCUGCUCGAAUAAUUCUAAUAAUACACGCACAUUACUUAUGCAAUCACCCUUGGUUGAACCUACAGCUAUUCAAAUUAGUAUAAAUCCUGCUCACACCGCAGAACCGGUGUUGACGCCAGGAGAAAGACUACGUCGUCUAGAUGCCUCUAUUCGGGAGAGGUUACUAGAAAAACAGAGAAUUAUUUGUGAUAUUUUUCGUUUGCCAGUUGAGCACUUUAAUGAGAUUGUCGAUAUUGCUAUGAUGCCAGAAGCACCCAAAGACAGCGCUGAUAUUGCACUAGCUGCCUACGAUCAAGUCCAGAUGUUAACAGGAAUUUUAAAUGACUACAUGCAUGUGUCAUCUGAGAUGGAAAUAUCAGCCGUAUCGACAGCAGUAUGUGAUCAUUGUCGCGAAAAAGAAUUACAUUUUGCAAGCACAUCUCCCCCGUUACCGAAACCAAAAAAACAACAAGCUCAACAGCAAACACCACAGUUAAAUAGAACAGCAAAACAUAAAACUCGUGUUGCAGAGGAGGUUGCAAUACAUGAAGAUGACGACGGAUAUUGUGAAAUUGACGAAUUACGUUUGCCUGCAAUCCAUACAAAGUCACCAGAUUCGUCAACUCCCCUAGCUCCAUUUAAUUUUGGAUCAGCUACUGAAUGUAAUUUGAACUUACCUUCAUCAAGCAAAAAUACUGAUAUAGUUAAACGAAAAAACGGCGAUACCGUAGACGUCCCUUCUGAAAAAUGUACUGACAACAUUAAUUCAAGUCUGAGCUUUAAUGCAACUAAGUCAGAAGCACCAACCCUUAAAGCUCCAAAAUUAAUGGAAGAAACACAAAUGGAAAAUAUGGCUUUAUCUGAACAUACCGAUAUGGAUCCAAAUGAAAAAAACAAAACAUCAAGUCAGGCCCGACAACAGCUAGAUAAGUGCUUUUCCGCUGAUGCGCUGCAAAGUAUAGAAUUUGCAAAGAGAAAUGUCCACGAUGAAAUAAAUGACGUGUACGAUAAUUUGGCUUCAUCUAAGACGGCUCAUGUAGUAAAAUCGAUAAUCAAGAACUCGUCAACAAUAGCUCAGCCAAUCUCUCCAAUUAAAAAUGAAAAAGGAACAAGUUCAUCGCCUACCAAUCCAGUAGGGAACUUAUGCAGGCUAAACCGCAUUCAGCACGCUAAUUCAUUAGAGCCAAGCGUACCCUGUCAUGUUCUUAGCAGCAUCGUAAAUUUGUUGAAUGAGCAAAUUUCUCUGUUAUUGCCCAAAAUAAAUGAACGUGAUAUUGAGCGGGAACGUUUGCGUAAGGAAAAUCAGCACUUACGCGAACUCUUAAGCGCCAUGCAUGAAAGUCAGCGAGUUGCUGUAGUAAAGGAAACUCCAACCGAUAUUUUAACCAUUUUGCAGGCGGCUGACACAGAAUUCGAUGAUAGUAUUGAUAUAAUAUCUAAUACAUCUGUAACACCGACAGCAACACCUUUACCUUUUGCAUCGACCGACGACAAUAAUAUGGAAUCACGAGAUGUUCCAUUACAUACGGAAUCACAUAUUACAGAACCUGCAUGCAGUACACAAAAUAUUGACCGUAACCUGCGAUCUCCGGGCAAUUCCAACGAGCAACGAGAUGAUCCCUUACAUCCAGCUAAAACCCCAACUGAGAAGCAAGACGAAGAUAAAAACGUAUAUAACUAACGAGCUUUUCCUCAUGCGGUGGACUUACGUUAAUCUGACUGCUCCACAAACAGUAUAUAUUAUAUAUAAAUCGGCUUACACAUAAGUUUAUUAUAUUCGUGUUAAACACACAAAUUAAGAUUCACACCUAUUUCUUUUGCAACGCCAAUGCCCAAUUGAAUUGACAGCGUUUGUGUUAACAUAUCCUUAUAUAUUAUACGACAUAACUACUUGUAGUUAUUUUUGCUUUACUAAGAAGUACCCUGUAGUGGCUAUAAGGUGAAAUAAGUUUGAUAUAAAAUAAAUAUGUAAAUUCC